AGGCGUAUAGUACGCUAUAGUCUUUGCCCUGUGUCUAAUAUCUAUAUGUCAAAACAAUUUGAUUAAAAAGAUGCAUUUUACGAAAGCUGGUAAAUAAAUUAGCAAAUCUUACUUAAUACUUUCGGAAACAAUGUCUGGAGGUCUUAUAGAUAAAGUUUAUAUAGGCCUUGACAACGCGCCAGCCGCGUUUGACAUUAAAUCCCGUAUUCUAGGGCCCAAUGGAACAAAUCUCGAAUACAUCCGUUCGGAAACAGGCGUGUCUGCUGUGUUAAAAAGUGACAAAUUUGAACCAUUGCAUCUUGCAUUGCAACAUACGCGUUCAGAGGCAUUAGCAGCUGCUCGUUCUCUAGCGCAGAAUCUCAUAGAGACGAUUCGAGCUGAGCUGGCUCAGUGGAGCGCGGCGCAGGCCGGAGGCCCGCCGCCUGCACUCAACGUCCCGCCUCCAGCGUUAACCACAACUACGGCACCGCCGCCGAUACCUCCGCCUAUUGUAACUGUGGCUCUUUCAUCGACAUCUACAUUAAACACAUCUUCGAACCCGUCAGUUAUUCCGCCCGUGGUGAGCGUCGCUCCUUCAACACCAUUAAUGACAGUCCGACCACCCACAGUGUUACAAUUACUCCCGCAACAGCAAUAUGUACUUAACCAAGAAAAUGGCCAGCUAAUACCCAUUGUGCAGCCAGGGGUUCAAGUUUCAAAUACAAACUUUACAUCGCUACCGCUAGCACAAUCAUUGGGCACAUUACAACAGCAUAAUUUUGGUCCCACACAGAUUGUGGAUAUAUCCAAUAUGCAACCAGUCAAUGUAACACAGCUGCGGCUCAGUGGGGUGCCAUCAUCCAUGUCAAUGAUAUUGCCAAACGGGUUAACAUUUCCCCAAGGUACAUUCACGGGGGCAGACACUACAGUUUGUUCUGCUACAGCCACCCCUGUUGUGUGUGCUGCUCAGAGCACUAGCUCUUCACAGAAGAUCCUAUACAGUACUGAUAAGGGUGAUAAGGACAUAAGGUACCACAUCCAAGGCACAGACAUGCAAUGGACUGUGCCUGGGUCGCAGACUAUGAUAAUCCCUUACCAGCAGUUACAAGAUCUGACUGGAAAUCAAACAGGUCUGACUAAUUUGCAGCCACAGCAAUUUGUUUCUAUUGCACCUGCAAAUAGCUUCCAACAAACGACCUUGCCCUUAUCUACUGCCCAGUUGCAGCAGUUACAGGCAACUGGGACAAUAAUGCAGCUAAACCAGAAGCCCAUAGCAAGCAGUGCUCCUCUUAUAAACAUAAUAUCGACCGGUCAAGCCUCCUCGCCGCAAAUUAUAUCAACGUCGUCAUCAAAUACAAAAAAUAUGUCACAAGAAUCGCGCGGUCAAAAAAGGCUGUCUGAUGGAACGCCGAGCCAACUACAAUUGCGACCAAUUGCCCCUGCUGGGUCGCAUAGCCAGGACAAGAGCUCGUCUCGAGAUUCGCGCUCCUGGACCCCAGUAGCAGCUAAAGACAACACUGUGGUCAGCAUGGGAAUGAAGAUUAAUCCAGCUCAUGGAACCAUUAUUCAUGUAUCUUCUGGUCAGCAAACCAACGUAUCAGCGUCGGGAAUAACACACGAUGGGAUGUAUAUAAAACAGAUAGAUAGAAAUUCUAUUCAAAUACAAACAAGUAAAGAUGGGCAGAAACAAGAUUUGACUACUAACAAACUACAGACCACCGCUCAAAACGUUCAAAUGAUAACCGUGCCGCAAGGAAUGACUGUUCUACAGAACCCAAUAAAUGUUAAUCAAAUGCCUACAGUGAUUGGUCAGCCAAAUAGUCAGGUGUACAUGAUACCCACGAACCCUCAAAAUCUAGUUCAAAAUGCACUCCCACCUGGCCUUCUCGGCCAGCAAGUUUUACAACCAGGACAAAACGUCACAGUAGUACAACCUAACCAGCUAGGCAUGCCUGGGGGUGUCCAAUACAACAUGCCCAUUAUGCCUAUGAAUUUACCACCGAACUCUCACUUCAUGCCGGCAGGCAUCAAUCUUAAUCAACUUUCAGCACAACAAUUAAAUGCUGCGCUCGCUGGGCAGCAAUUAACAAAUCCCAAUUUGUCUGUAUCGGGAACUAUACCCAUAGUACAAGCUGCUCCACCACCCGCUUCGCCAUUGGCCACCAAUCAAACUAUUCCGGUGUCGCAACCGCCACCGAUACAACAAAUACUUCCUCAGAACUCGUUUAUAACUCCCACAUCACAGUAUCCAGGGCUACCACCUCAGUACAUAAUGCAAGCUAAUUCGGGUGCCAUAACAAUGCCACCAACAAACCCCAACGUUCAAUAUACGAUUCCACCGACCCAAGAAACCACUCCAGCUCCCAGUAACGGUAAUGGACAGACUACUUCCACCGAUACUACAGAUUCAACGAUCGGAACUAACAAUCAAACGAACUAUAUAUCAUCGUCAUCACAAGAUUCAGGAUAUGGGUCUUCAAUCCAGAACCAGAAUCAGCAGACUUUUUCUUCUGAAGGAAGCACGACACCGACGGCAUCGUUCACAUCAACAAACCCAACUGGACAGCAACAGACAUACACGGCCAACGGGACAACCCAAAGUCAAAAUUACAAUGGCAAUCAAACAAGUAACCAACCACCCAGCUACCCGGCGAAUGGAUCAACAGCUCAGACGAUUAACCCAUCAUACGGUGCGGGAAGUACGCCGAUAUCGCAGAACACGACGCAAACAAACUUCUCGCCGUCAUCUACACCCAUACCGAAUCAAAAUUAUCCAACGCCGAGCAUGCCUAACGUGGCAUAUCCGCCCAAUCAAAAUCCGUAUCCUAACGCAACAGGGCAAAAUUUGGCAGCGUAUGCAGGAAAUCAGUAUCAAUACACGAGUAGGCCGUGGUUCAGGCCGAGAUAUGGCUCUCCGCAGGGCUCUCCUUACGGGCCGGGAGUGCCGCCCCCCAAUGGGCCUCCAAUGCCGGUUCCGCCUCCCCCGGGAAACUAUAAUUAUUGGCAGGACAGUUGAGAUUUGGAGAACAUCAUCGAUACGGACAUUCUUCCGGAUUCCUAGCAAUUACCCCAACCCGACAAUGUGUUUUUAGGCUCGAACGAUUUCGUCUUCCUAGGUCCAGUCAACUACUCCAUGGAUGGGUUUUAUUUCAAUGACGCUAGGGACCCAAAUAUGGGCUUUUAAAAACAUCGUUCAUCAUUUAAAACCGUUCAUUGGUGAAAAAGAGCCUAAACACAUUAAAGUUGGGUUUUUAUUGACUAUUAUUAACAUGAACUAUACUCUUAGAUAGUUAUGUGUUGUGCCUGCGAUAACGAAUAUGUCUAUAGUGUACUGUAAUAUUGACAGAGACUGCUUUAAUAAUUAAAUUAGGAUAAAGAUUACAUUUUUAAAAUGUAUAGAUAUAAUUAUUGUAAUAUAAAAUA